AAAAAUAUUGGAUUUUUCUUUGUAAUACAAAUAUUGACAUUACCCUUAACGAAGUUGAAUGAAAUUUUUGCAGUUUGUAGGAAUAUAAGAAACGAUUUAUAAAUAUAAAAAAUGACUUAUGCAAAUCGCGAAAACAUGAAUCUCUUUCCCAAUAUGACAGAUUGACGUGCGUCGCGAAGAGGCGGGAAUUUGUACGUUACUUCCAUGCGCAGAAGCCGGAAUACUGGAUGCAGUAGAGCUUUAUCAGGAAUGAAUGCAUCAGGGUAUCCAGCAGAAAUAGCUGAGACGGCACUCGAAUAUAAUCUCCGAAAGUAUAACUUAGUGUUCCUCGAGAAUCAAGUGCAAGUUUAAAUUAAAUUUUUUCAUUUAAACACAACUUCCUCUCUGAAGAAUAGAAAAAAAAAAUAAUAAAAGUGAAAGAAGUUGCUGUUGCUAGCUAGUGAUCAAUAUCAAUAUGCCGGAUCUAUUAAAAUCCAAUCAAUUAACAUUUGGUGACAAAUUGCAAUAUUAAAAUUAAGCGUCGCGCGAAUGUCUUCGAAGAAAAAUUCAUUAAACGACAUUGACUGAUAGAAGGACUUAUAUACCGGCAUUGUAUCUCGCACCGGCACUGCACAUGUCGUGCCAACUAGAAGUGCCGAGAGGAUUCAUUCUAUAUUUACGAGAGAUACGUCAAGAUUGUUGAUGUGUGAGACGUAUAUGCAUUGAAACUUUCGUGUAUUGAAAGACCGUGGUUAAAAGGAGUUCUCGGCAUCGUAUCAUAAAAUCGUCUACAGAAUUUGUACAGUCCAAUAAACGACUUGCAUCUGCAUAUGUCGCGAAUAUAAAAUAUAUUAUAUUGCUUCGUUUAUUGAAACUCAAUAAACAGGUCAUCGUGCGUGACGCAAACUGUUAUGCUGUCUACAUUUGGCGUGGUUGUACUACUUCCAGUUUUUCUGCUUAUUGAUAGUUUGAAAUCAACGCAUCAAGAUGACCGGAAAUAAUAGCACAAUAGCAUUCGAUCGCACGCUCGACAAUCUCUUGCAGAAUAUUCAACUCUACUAUACGCCAAUUCUCGUAGUCCUAGGUUCCUUGGGCAAUUGUCUGUCCAUGUACGCAUUUUUCGGCACGAAUCUACGUUACUCUUCGUCCAGUAUAUAUCUGGGCGCAUUAGCAAUAAGCGACAGCAUCUUUCUGAUGAUAGUUUUUGUUGUCUGGCUCGUUAUGGUGCACGUGAAUCUAUUCAAUCAAUACGGUUUCUGUCAAUGUUUCAUCUAUAUUAGCACCAUCAGCGGUUGUCUCAGUGUAUGGCUCGUGGUAGCCUUCACCGUUGAGCGAUAUAUAGCAGUCAAAUGGCCACUUCGUCGACAGUUCUUAUGUACGGUUGCUCGAGCAAAGAUAACAGUAAUGGGGUUGACAGCACUAGCGGUUGUAUACAGCAGCCCGGUGCUCCUAUUUUCCACUGUACGUCUUGAAGCCGGGACAAAUUCAAAUAUUUGUGAAUUGGACAAUGCCUGGGAUGAUUGGGCGGAUGUCUAUAAUUACUUCGACACUAUCAUAACGUUUGCUGUCCCCCUAACCGUCAUAGUAAUCUUCAAUAUAUUAAUAGUACGCAACAUCUACAAGUUCGAUCAUGUCCGAAGAACCUUGACCAUAGAAUCCGACGUUUCCAGUGAGAAGGCUCAUAUUCCAAGGGAUAGAAUGCCACAGACCAAGGUCACAAAAAUGCUUCUGCUCGUUUCUACCGCAUUCUUCUGCCUCAAUAUGCCUUCAUUUGUCCUCAGACUGACCGCUUUUACUUAUGAUAAUAAUCAACUAUGGCUCAUUUAUGCACAACAGAUGUGCAAUCAAUUAUUGUUCAAUACGAGUUUUGGAAUAAACUUCAUUCUAUAUUGCGUGAGUGGGCAAAAUUUUCGCAGAGCGAUGGUCUACAUGUUUACAAAACGUUCGAGUAAUAGAAGAAGUGGAACUCUCACGCAGAUGACGAAUCAAGGAAAACAGUGUGUUUCAGAACUCACACGUAGAUACAGCUCAAAAAAACAGCCGCAUUUUGUCGACAGUGUGAGACGGAAGUACUCUAAGGAAACGCAAAAGCUUCCAGUAAAUGAGGAAUUACAGUAAAUCCGUUUCAAAUAAUCAAUGAAGAAGAUAAAGAUUAUGAACUUACCAGCUUCAAGUUCCGUAGCUGGAAGUGGUCCUACAUUUCCAAAGAAGCGUUGAUCCAACAGUUGAAGAAGCUGAAGUG